CUGAGUCGCGCCAGCAACGUUGAACCAGACGCAACGCGGAAAUAACGAGUAUUGCGCAUACGCCACAAGUGCCGCAAACAGUUGCCGCAAAUUGAAAAAGAAAGAAAGAAAAAAAAAAAACAUAACACAAAUGCCGCUCGCUCGUUAGUGAAAUUCCUGACAUUUUUACGAUACGCAACAGCUACAAAGGCAGAAGCUGGCCAGAAAAGUGCGUGCCACCAAAAUAUUUAUACAGCAUUUGAGAGGCAACUGGCCAAGCAGCCAUGCGGCCAUGUGGCAUCCACGUACAACGCUGCUGCCAUGGACACGGGCAAAAUGCACGGCAAUGAGGCAAUGAUAGGACGGAGACCAAGACCACAACCACAGCAACCACAGCAACCAAUGCAACCAGCAGAGUGCAGAUGCAAUCUGGAGAGUUCGCUUCUAGGCUGAGUGCCACAGCUAGCUAACUCUAUUCACACAGAGCCCGACCAGCCGCUUCAACCAGCCAAGCAGCUAAGCAGAAGCCCAGCACGGAUACAGGGACCACAGCGAGUGCUUGGGGCCCGCCAUGUUGCGAGAUAUCUUUCUGUAUAUUGUUCUAAUCGCUUUAUUUUGCUUUAUUUUCAUGGCGCAGUUAAUCGUUAACGUUUACGCAUUCCAGCGCCAGCCAACGCCCGCCCAGAGGGCCGAGCGCAAUGAAAUUAUAUUUGUCUAGGGGUCCUGGGGUUGUGUGGCCACCAGGGCCAGAAGUCAGGGGCAUUGUGGCUUGCCAUUUAAUGAGCACCACUGUGAAAAACUUAAAGCUCAAAAUCAAAGGAAACUUCUUGCCGGUCGCAUGCUGGCCUAAAGACAAAAUCCCGCUAAGAGCUGAUAAACUAGGUUGCGCGCUAAUUAGUUACGGUAGUCUUGGGAGCGCUGUCCUGAAUGCACAAUACACUCAAGCACAAUGAAACUUUGCGACACAAUAAGACACAGCUGGAGCUGCAGCUUGCCAGGACGUGCAUUAAGGCGCGCAAAAUGUGAAAGCCGCACACGCAAAGUUCAUGCUGCAACGUUGCGAUGCGCUGUUGCAUUAAAAAAUAUAAAAAACGAAUUUACUCAAUUCAUUUGCGUGCCACAUUGCCGCAUUUAAGCAUUCAGUUCUUUUCGCUCUUUGGGGCACAUAAAAAAUAAUUGUGUCCAUGCUGAUAAAAUGAUAAUUAUUAAUUUAAACGGGCGCUUUAAAAAUUUCAUUGCCUACUUUUGUGCGCGCGACUCGGUCUGCUGCAGCGGCGCCAAUGAGCCGGCACAAAUGCAUUUGGGCGUGGCAGGGGGCUAGAGUUUGUAUUGAUUUCCAGCGCACACGCUCUCCCAUUUCGAGUGCUUUUUGUUUUUUUUUUUUUUUUUAUAGUUUUUGGGCACGCCGCACAGUUUAUUGUUUUCUUUUGGCCGCUUGAGCCAAUUCGUCUGGCAGCGGGGCCAGAGCUGUUCGUGCCGCCUUGAGCACUUGAGCGCCAUAUACACACUUGACCCCAUUCGCUGAGAGACUUUACAAUAGGCUCGGCCAGUGGGUGAAAGUUAGAGGCCUUGGCUGGGCAAACAUUUAAAUUGACAUGGCCGAGGGCAGGGAAAGUGUUUCACUUCAAAAACUUCAAAGUGUGGCUAAAUUUUCGUUAUAUACUGCUUAAGUGUGUGUGUGUGUGUGUGCCUAAUAGAUGACUGGCCAAAUGGAUAUUAUGGUUUUAUCUACUGCCCAAGACGUUUAUACUUUGAUAUGAGCAUAGGCAAAGUUAUUGAAAAGUUCUUAGUUAAAUGAAAUUGCAUUUUCGGAUUGCUGCGCCAAGUCAAGUGCAUUUUGGCACUCGCCCUAAAACUGAACAUUUUUUCUCAAAAGUAUCGAAAGUUUUCCAUUUUAUUUACAUAGUUAGCAGAAUUUAAGGUUUGGCACUUGGCAAAAGUGGUAUUCAUAUCGUAAGAACAUUUUAAAUGGUAUUAUCGAAUAAUCAAAACCGUAUUAACCGAGCAAACCAAACAUAUAUACGAAAAAAGAAAACAUCUUAUUGAAUUGUAUUCAAUUAAAAUAAUAAUAAAUAUGAACGCAUACAUUUGAACAAUAAUAGUUUUUAGCUAACCUAUACAAUAUAUACUAGUAUCUAUAAAUGUAAUAAUUUUAGCAAAUAAUGUUUAAUAAAGGAUGUGUGACGAAAUUUACUGUACGUGUAGCUAGUGCUGAACAAUGAAAAUCCAAUUAAUUAAACGACAAACGAAACAAUAUCGAAAUACAUAUAAAU